AUGGCAUUUUCUGAGCUCCUAGACCAAGUGGGUAGCCUAGGCAGGUUCCAGGUUCUCCAGAUGGUGGCUCUGGUGGUCCCCAUCGUGUGGCUGACCACUCAGAACAUGCUGGAGAACUUCUCGGCCGCCGUGCCCAACCACCGCUGCUGGGUGCCCCUCCUGGACAACAGCACUGCCCAGGCCAAUGUCCCUGGGGCCCUGGGCCCCAAGGACCUCCUGACCAUUUCUAUCCCACCGGGCCCCAACCGUGAACCCCACCAGUGUCGCCGCUUCCGCCAACCACAGUGGCAACUCCUGGACCCCAACGCCACGGCCACCAACUGGAGCGAGGCUGCCAUGGAGCCGUGCGCGGACGGCUGGGUCUAUGACCAAAGCACCUUCACCUCCACCAUCGUGGCCAAGUGGGACCUGGUGUGUGACUCCCACGCCCUGAAGCCCAUGGCCCAGUCCAUCUACCUGUCAGGAGUCCUGGUGGGAGCUGCCAUGUGUGGCCACACCUCCGACAGGUUCGGGCGCAGGCUGGUGCUGACCUGGAACUACCUUCAGAUGGCCGUGUCGGGCACGGCCGCCGCCUUCGCACCCACCUUCCCCGUGUACUGCCUGCUCCGCUUCCUGGCGGCCUUCGGCGUGGCAGGCGUCAUGAUGAACACCAGCACGCUCCUGAUGGAGUGGACGUCGGCGCGCGCCCGAGCCUUGAUGAUGACCCUGAACGCCCUGGGCUUCAGCUUCGGCCAUCUCCUGAUGGGCGCCGUGGCCUACGGCGUGCGGGACUGGGCCCUGCUGCAGCUGGUGGUCUCCGCCCCCUUCUUCCUCUGCUUCCUGUACUCCUGGCGGCUGGCAGAGUCUGCCCGAUGGCUUCUCAUCACAGGCAGGCUAGAGCGGGGCCUGCGGGAGCUGCGGAGGGCGGCCGCCAUCAACGGGAAGAGGGAGGUGGAAGAUGCGCUGACCACCGAGGUCUUGCUGUCAGCCAUGCAAGAGGAGCUGAGUGCGGGCCAGGCCCCCCCCAGCCUGGGAGCCCUGUUCUGCACACCUGGACUGCGCCUGCGGACCUGCGCCUCCACUCUGUGCUGGUUCGCCUUUGGCUUCACCUUCUUCGGCCUGGCCCUGGAUCUGCAGGCUCUGGGUAGCAACAUCUUCCUGCUCCAGGUCCUCAUCGGGGUAGUGGACAUCCCGGCCAAGAUAGUCACCCUGCUGCUGCUGAACCGUCUGGGCCGCCGGCCCACCCAGGCCGGGUCCCUGGUGCUGUCAGGACUCUGCAUCUUGGCCAACACGCUCGUGCCCCUCAAGAUAGGGGCCCUGCGUUCAGCCCUGGCCGUGCUGGGGCUUGGGAGCGUGGGGGCUGCUUUCACUUGCAUCAGCAUCUACACCGGGGAGCUCUUCCCUACCGUCCUCAGGAUGACCGCUGUGGGUCUGGGCCAGAUGGCAGCCCGUGGGGGAGCGAUCCUGGGGCCUUUGGUCCGGCUGCUGGCCAUCCACGGGCGCUCACUGCCCCUGCUAGUGUACGGCGGGGUGCCCGUGCUCAGCGGCCUGGCUGCUCUCCUGCUCCCGGAGACCCAGAGCCUGCCGCUGCCCGACACCAUUCAAGAUGUGCAGAACCAGGCGGUAAAGAAGGCGACGCACAGCGCUCCAGAACACACUGUCCUGAAAUCCACACACUUUUAA